AUUUCCUAACCAGUGAGCAUCUGUUGAGUUUACUGGGAAAUCCAGGCUGUUGGUCUGGCAAUUCCCUUCGCCAGCAAUCGGUUGGUAGUUAUUCACGAGCUCGUCGCGGUUGAGGUGAAAUGAGGCCGGCUACCUCAACCAUUCGCGGGAAUGCAGCCUCGCUGUGCUCGCACGUAGCGCUUUCAUCCUCCCGCGCGACCGUACCCCCCCCGUCCACGGCCCGAGAGCUUAGCCCUUUGAAUUCCACGCUUUCCGUCACCCGCGCGAUGGUCCCUUCCUGCUCGGCGCGCACCGGGAUGGUCCGUCACAUCUGUCAUGGCGUCAGCAAUCGGAGUGCCAGCUACAAGGGUGUCAGCAAUCCGGGUGUCAGCAACCAGGGUGCCAGAUCACUAGGGUUAAGCACUAGUAACGUUAGCUUUCCUCGUGUCGGCAGUGGAAGGAACAUCUGGCUGGGAGGGUCGGCACAUUCGCUGAGCUCGCUCGUGGCUCGGCCGUUGCUUGGCUCGCGCCAGGCGAAGCCGUACUCUGUCCACUUCCACGCUAGACCAGCAAGAGCGUCUGCUUCUGUGGCGGACAAUGGGGGAGCUCCAGGGGAGGAUGUGUUUCCUUCCGUUCUUCCUAAGGCCUUUGACUUCUCUGCAGAGGAGAAAAUCUAUGCCUGGUGGGAGGGCAGUGGCUACUUUAAGCCGGAUGAGUCUGCUCUGCAACCAGGCACUGCUGGCACUGACAGCAGCACUAAGGAUGACAUCAACUCUGCGUUUGUCAUCUCCAUGCCUCCUCCCAACGUCACUGGCGCUCUGCACAUGGGCCAUGCCAUGUUCGUCACUCUUGAGGACAUCAUGGCUCGCUUCUGGCGCAUGAAGGGACGUCCCACUCUCUGGCUGCCAGGCACGGACCAUGCUGGCAUUGCCACACAGUUGGUGGUGGAGAAGAUGCUGGCGUCAGAGGGCAUCAGCCGGCAGCAGCUGGGGCGAGAAGAGUUCGUGAAGCGAGUGUGGGAGUGGAAGGAGAAAUAUGGCGGCACAAUUGCGAGGCAGAUCCGCAGACUCGGCGCCUCCUGUGAUUGGUCGAGAGAGAGAUUCACUCUGGAUGAUCAACUCAGCAAGGCCGUCGUGGAGGCGUUUGUCCGGCUGCACAACAAGGGCCUCAUUUACCGGGGCACAUACAUGGUCAAUUGGUCGCCCUUCCUGCAGACUGCUGUCUCCGACCUGGAGGUGGAGUACUCAGAAGAACCUGGCACGCUCUACUUCUUUAAAUACCCCAUUGCUGGAGGAACAGAAGACGACUACCUGCCAGUAGCCACCACUCGGCCGGAAACUAUUCUGGGCGACACUGCAGUGGCAGUGCACCCAGAGGACGAGCGGUACAAGAAGUAUGUGGGGCUGCAGGCCGUGGUGCCCAUGGGUGGAGGCAGAACCAUCCCAGUCAUUGCCGAUGAUUACGUGGACAUGCAGUUUGGCACGGGGUGUCUGAAGAUCACUCCCGGCCACGACAUCAACGACUAUGCCAUAGGGCAGCGGAGGGACCUCCCCAUCAUCAACAUUCUCAAUAAAGACGCCACGCUCAACGAGAAUGCAGGGGCGUUCUGUGGUUUGGAUCGGUUUGAGGCUCGGAAGCAGGUGUGGGAGCAGCUGGAGAAGGAAGGCCUGGUGAUCAAACAGCAGCCGCACCUGCAGCGAGUGCCGCGCUCCCAGAGAGGAGGCGAGGUGGUGGAGCCCCUGGUGAGCCGGCAGUGGUUCGUGCACAUGCAGCCGCUGGCAGCACCAGCGCUGGAAGCAGCGAGGACGGGCGAGCUCACCAUCAUUCCAGAGAGAUUCGAGAAGAUCUACGAGUUCUGGCUGGACAACAUCAGGGACUGGUGCAUCAGCCGGCAGCUGUGGUGGGGGCACCGCAUCCCUGUCUUCUACCCCUCCUGGGACUCCUCCAGGCCCGCUCCCAUAGCCGGGGAGGGCGGUGGGGGUGCGGAGGAGGGGGCGGAGGAGUAUGUGGUGGCUGGGACCGAGGCUGAGGCUCGGGAGAAGGUUCGGGAGCGAUAUGGUGACGAGGCGGCUGAGACAGUGCGACUGGAGCAGGACCCAGAUGUGCUUGACACGUGGUUCUCAAGUGGCCUUUGGCCGUUCAGCACUCUGGGUUGGCCCAACGAGGCAGCAAACGACUACAAGAAUUUCUACCCCACCUCCGUCAUGGAAACAGGGCACGACAUCCUGUUCUUCUGGGUGGCGCGCAUGACCAUGAUGGGGCUGGAGUUCACAGGCCAGCUGCCCUUCCACACCAUCUACCUGCACGGCCUCGUGCGCGACGCUCAGGGUCGCAAGAUGUCCAAGUCGUUGGGCAACGUGGUGGACCCUCUGGACACCAUCAAUGAGUUUGGCACUGACGCCCUGCGAUACACUCUCGCCACUGGCACCACGCCUGGUCAGGACGUGAAUCUGUCUAUGGAGCGUCUGGGUGCCAACAGGGCAUUUGUGAACAAGAUAUGGAACGCAGGGAAGUUCAUUCUGCAGAACCUGCCGACCAAGGAGGACGAGAAGCAGUGGCAGAGGCUGGGCCAAGUCAAGUUUGACACUCCCGAGGCCCUUGCUGCCCUCCCAUUGGCUGAGAGAUGGCUUCUCUCUCGCCUGCACUCCCUGGUGGAUGAGGUCACAGAGGCAUACAUGGCUUAUGAGUUCAAUGCAGCCGGCAGACGAAUCUAUGACUUCUUCUGGAGCGACUUUGCCGACUGGUACAUCGAGGCCAGCAAGACCCGCCUCUACAGCGGCUUCCGCUCCUCCUCCUCCUCCAGCAGCAGCGACACUGAGGGCGAGCAGCAGGAGCAGUCCGCAGCAGCAGCAUCAGCAGCAUCAGCAGCAUCAGCAGCAUCAGCAGCAUCAGCAGCAUCAGCAGCAUCGGCAGCAGCAGAUGGGGCCCAGGCGCAGGCGCAGGGCGUGUUGGUUUACGCCUUCGACACCGUGCUGCGCCUGCUGCACCCCUACAUGCCCUUCGCCUCGGAGCAGCUCUGGCAGGCGCUGCCCCACGAUCCAGCCCUGCCGUCCCUCAUGCUCGCGCCCUGGCCCUCUGCCGGUCUUCCUCGCGAUGCUCAAGCACAGGAGGAGUUUGACGACCUACAGGCGCUGGUGCGUGCCAUCCGCAAUGUGAGGGCGGAGUACUCAGUGGAGCCGGCCAAGAAGAUAGCUGCCACCGUCAUCUCUGCACCGGCCCUCUCUCCUGCCAUUCAGGGCGAGAGGGACGUGCUUGCCUUGCUGUCUCGAGUCGACGCCGCUUCGCUCCACAUCACAUCCGAGCAACCAGACGCGGCAGCAGCGGCAGCGUGCGUGCAUGUGGUGGCGGCAGAGGGUCUCGAGGCGUACCUGCCCAUAGCGGACAUGGUGGAUGUGGGGAAGGAGUUGCAGCGCCUGGGGAAGCAGCAGGCCAAGCUGACUGCUGACGUCAACUCAUGCCGCUCCCGCCUCUCCUCCAAGAAGUUUGUGGACAAGGCGCCAGCAGCGGUGGUGGAGGGGGUGAAGAAGCAAGCAGAGGAGGCGGAGGAGAAGCUGGUUCUGGUCACACGCCGCAUGGAGCAGCUGCAAGCAAUGGCUACCACAGCUGCCACUACCGUGUCUUAGUGUGGUAAUAGAGAGACAGGAAUAGAAUUGAUAGCUCAACAAUGUGAAUAGGUGACAAUGUGACAGCCCUCUGCUACUAACCGAAGUGGGGGCUGCUAAUUCGUUUUGAUCCCUGUGUGCCAGUGCUGACUCAUGUUGUGUGCUGGCAGGUCACAUAUUGAGCCUCUGCAGAAAACUGCAGAACAAGACUACUACCCAGCAAUGCUGGAUAGCAGGAAACAAGCUAGGUGGGAAGGAGAGCAGCUCCACACACACUCUGCAUGAGAAGAACUGACGUAGCUCCAAGCAAACUCACAAGCACCAGCUACAAGGCCCCACCAGACCACUACUAUCUUGUCAGUCAGAACUCUAUUGCGGCAGGCACUUGGGCAUCCACCACACAGAACCCCUUCUCUACCAAACCACCACAGCACAGCACCACCAUCGCUCUUUGCCUGUCGCAACAAGCGCCACACCAAUACCAUCCUGUCAGUCGAGCUGCACAGAAGCAGCCACCACACAGAACAGAACCCUUUCCCCCCCCACUCGUCUACCAACCUCACUCUCUCCUGCUCCCCCUUAGGGAAGAGUGUCAAACAUAUGUGUGAAUGUUUAGUAGACUACAUAGGGUCAUGCCAUAGAGAGUACAACUCACUAGCUAU